AUGUUGACACUUAAACAAAAGGCAGCAAUUAUUGAACAAAUAAAGAAAGGAAAAAGCGUUACGGUUUGUCCAAAGGAAUUUAGUGUUUCAAAAGAGAAAGCCAAACAGUUGUUUUUAAAGUAUAAGAGUCAAGAAGGUAGCUCUUUCAAUGCUAGUUCUGGGUGGUUUCAGAAAUGGAAGAGAAGAUUCGGUAUUCGAUUGAUUACUAUUAGUGGAGAAAAAUUAGCUGCUGAUCCAGGACCUAUUGAGCCAUUAAAAAAAAAACUUGAAGAUAAAAUCGCCGCUCUUCAACUGACAACACAACAAAUUUACAACGUUGAUGAAACUGCACUGUUUUGGAAGUUGUUGCCCAAAAAAACCUAUGUAUCGUUUAAUGAAAAAAGUGCAUUUGGAGGAAAAAUUCCUAAGCAAAGAGUGACUUUACUCCUCGGUUCUAACGCCACAGGUACCCACAAACUCGUUCCUAUGAUCAUUGGUAAGUCAAAAAAUCCACGGUGUCUUAAAAAUUUUGAAAUGCCAAUAGAAUACAAAAGUUCUAUGAAUGCAUGGAUGACAAAAUACAUUUUCAAGGAAUGGUUUUUCAAGAGCUUUGUAGUUCAAGUAAAGAAACACUGCGAAGAACAAAAUCUCCCACUUAAGGCACUUCUGAUUAUAGACAAUGCUCCAUGCCAUCCAUCGGCAGAAGAGUUAAGGUAUCUUAACGGAGACAUUUGCACAAUGUUCUUACCACCGAAUGUCACUGCGUUAGUUCAGCCGUUGGAUCAAAAUGGCAUAAGAAUUACGAAGCUGCAUUAUAAGUCAAACUUGCUGUCGUUGGUCAUUGCAUUGCCAACAAAAAUGAAGAUAUAAUUUCUGCCCUAAAGAACUUCAAUUUGCGCCAAGCCAUUACAUUGAUGUCAAAAUCGUGGGAUCAAGUAACUUCUCACAUUCUUGAAAAAUGCUGGAACCCCAUUUUUAAUGAUGUCGAUAACAAUUUCUUUAACGACGAAGAUGAUGUCCCAUUAUCUACUCUCAGAGAACGCUGGAGGGAAAACUUGAUUGCAGAUGGGGAAGAAGCACCCUUGAUACAUUUGUUCGAACAAAUAGACAAUAAUCAGGUAACAUUUCUUGACUUUAAGUACAAAACAGUAGGUACCUAAUGAACAAACUUUUAUUUUUCAAUCCAACAGCAUUACACCGAAGAAGAAGUAAACGAAUGGUUACGCGAUGAAGAUGUUCCUGAUGGUGUUGAAGAUGAAGACAUCGAUUCGGAAAAUGAAUCUGACCCGGGUGAUGUUAUAAUGGUGCAAAACAUUGUAACUGACACCGAAGCCAUCGAAUCAAUCGAUAAAGUGAUCGAUUGGGCCAGUCAAAAUAACAGAACAUCAUCUGAAUUUACAGUACUCCAAAACCUCAGAGAAAGUGCGCUAAAAAAUAUUUUGCAGAAAACUAAGCAAUGUAAAAUAACAAAUUUUUUUCCAAAGUUGGUUUAAAUACAAUUGUGUUUUGUGUCAAUUACUAACAUUUAAAAUAAUAUAAUGAAAACGUAUAAAAACGAAGACUUUUUUAUUUUUUCCAGUAACUUGAACAAUCCAGUAACUUAAACAGGCCUCGUUUCG